UAUUUUAACUGUAAAUCAAUGAUUCAACUAUGUACCUGUAUGAAUAAACAGCUUCAUAACUUGUCGUCACGGCAACUGAUUGUCCUAGUAACAGUAUUUAUUUUAUUGGGAAUUUUGGUUUUUCUUUCCAUCGAUAUAUUUGUGUUUAGCUAUGAUAAGGAUGCACGGGACUUACAUAUCAGUAGACCUUUGGCCUCUGUGCCCAGUAAGAUUGACUUUGGACCAAAUGUACAUUUUGGUAUAGUGAUUGACUGUGGAAGUAGUGGAAGCCGAGUAUAUAUUUAUUUUUGGCCACCGCAUUCAGGGAAUCCAAGUGAUCUACUCAGUAUCCAGCAGUUAAUGGACCCAACAGGAAAACCUGUUGUCAAGAAAAUAAGUCCAGGUUUGGAUACCUUUGAGAAGAACCCUGGAGCUGCUAGUGAUUAUAUCAACCCCUUGUUAAAGUAUGCUGCAUCUCAUAUCCCAUCUGCCCACCAUGCUGAUACACAGCUGUUUAUACUGGCAACAGCUGGUAUGAGAAUGAUCCCACAGGAAAGUCAAAAAGAAAUAUUUGAAGAUUUAAAGAAAGAUAUACCUAAAAGCUUCCCAUUUGUAUUUUCUGACUCAAAUUUUGAAGUAAUUAGUGGAAAGUUGGAGGGGGUGUAUGCCUGGAUUGCUGUAAAUUAUGUUCUUCAGAAGUUUGGACACGGAGAAGAAGAACAUCCAUUAGUUUGGGUGGAGUCACUGAAGAAUGAGGGUUCAUCUGAGCGUCCACACAUGCGACGGAGAACAGUUGGUAUGUUAGAUAUGGGAGGUGGAUCUUUCCAGAUUGCUUUUGAAGUCACAGGAAAGGAUUCAUCUAUACCAAAGCACAGAAUAGCUGAGUUUAACCUUGGAUGUCAGAAUAAUGACCUUGACCAUACCUAUAAAGUGUAUGUAACAACGUUCCUGGGAUUUGGAGCUAAUGAAGCUGAAGAGAGAUAUGGAGAGAUGUUGGUCAACAAAGCUAGUCUUAGCAUACAGAAAGAACAUGAAGAAUUAGUGAAGAUGAAUAAAAGUGAAGCUAUUCAUCCAUUCCACCAUCACAGAAAAGUUAUGAUAAAAGAUCCAUGUCUGCCAGAAGAUCUGUCAUAUGAAAUAAAGAAAGGCUAUGUAUUAGAAGGGGCAGGUAACUACUCAGCUUGUCAGCAUUCCCUCUCACCUCUCCUUAACAGGUCAAGGUUAUGUGAACAGGAUCCAUGUUCAAUGAAUGGUGUACAUCAACCAGAGAUUAUUUUCAGAAACAGUGAAUUCUAUGGGUUUUCAGAGUUCUGGUAUACCAUGCAGGAUGUGUUCAGGAUUGGUGGUCUCUAUGGUAGCAAGAGGUUUGAGGAAGAGGCAAAGAGGUUUUGCAGUACUAAUUGGAUGACAUUACAGUCUUGGUACGAGCAAAAACUGUUUCCUCAAGCUGAUGAGAAAAGAUUCAGACAACAAUGUUUUAAAGCAUCAUGGAUUACUACAGUAUUACAUAAAGGAUUGAAGUUUCCUAAAAGUUACCACAGUUUACGAUCUGUACAGUAUAUACAAAACAAAGAAGUGCAAUGGACACUAGGUGCUCUUCUGCACAGAACUCGUUAUCUACCUCUCAGGGAUAUGGAGAAAACAUCUCAGCAACAGAAGAAACAUACAUGGACAUUACGGAGAACUAUACUCCAUAAUGAAUAUCUAAUUAUAUUGUGUUUUAUAAUUGUAAUAACUGCAAUCACUUUGUAUGUAAAAAGGUUAAAGUUGUGUCCAAAAGCUGAUCUUUCUAGAGUGCCAUCUAUGUCCUACUUCAUGACUGAGGAAGGACAGAAUGAAUCGGGAAUCAGAUAUGGAAAUGCGUACCAGUAUCCUUGAAAGUUAAAGGAAUACUGUAAAAGUGUCAUAUACAAUCAGUAGAAUUACAGAAAGUAAAGUGUUCAAAUUAUUUUGUGUUCAAAUGAUAUUUUAGAUAUCUGAUUAAUGAUAAAUUAUAUCCGUAAAUCCUGCUGAAUAUUUUGAUAUCCAUCAUUUUUUGUGAACCAUGCUUUUAUUAUAAAGUAAAUCACAUGUUUUAUAUCCAUAAUUCAUAAGGGAAGUAAUAUAGUAAUUAGGUUUAAUGGAGCAGUGCCAAAGUGUUUUAGAAGCUUAUAACUUUAAGGUCCUCUGUGUUUCAAGGUCUAAUAUUUAAUUAUAUAUUGUAUAUGAACUACAUGUAUAAUAAUUUUAAUAGACUUUUUAUAAUUCUAAUUUUAAUACUGAUAGAAUUUUAACUAGUUCAUAGUUUCAUAGUUCUGGUUGAGAAAAAUCUAUAUGUUCUCAUAUAGCAUAUAAAACUUUGUAUGUUGGUAAUAAUUACAUUCUUCCUAAAAAAUCCUAAGAGAUAAGAUAGAAAUUUUGGAAGAGGGCCAGAUUAGCAUAUUCAGAUUUUAGUUUCAGCAAAAGUGGGGUAUAAUGUGAAUGAAAUUUCAAGGCUUAUCUUGGAAUCAAAUCUGGAUGUGCUUGAUCUUGUAUGAUUGUGUAUGUCAGUUUUUUUCUUAAAGUUUAGAUUUUUGUGGUUCCUCUGGAAACAUUAAUAAAAUCUUUAACAUGAUUUAUCAUAAUGAGCUUAUGUCGAUAUAAAUGGAAAGUCAGAUGUUAAACUGUCAUAAAUAGUUAUAAUCCAUAUACCUGUACAUCAUUAUCCAAGGUUAAAGGAGGGGAGAGGGGUGGUCGAGUGCUCGCUUGCAUGUUUAAACCAGCCACAUUCUAUAUGUGCCUGUUCCAAGUCAGGAGCCUGUAAUUCAGUGGUUGUCCUUGGUUGCUGUUUAUCAUAUUUUUAUGCUCCCGCCAUAGCAGAGCGGACAUUAAGUUUUACCUUUGUCCGUCAGUACGUCCGUCGGUACAUCCAUAUGUCCCGAAAUUGGUUUCCGUUUUUUCUAACUUUAGUUUGCCUCAACCAAAUGUUAUGAAACUUAUACGCAAUGCUUAUUACCACAAAACACUGAUCAAGUUUGAAUUUGGGUGGUGUCACUUUUACCAUUCUUGAGUUAUGUCCCUUUAUAACGUUAUAUGCAAGCGGGGCAUUAUCAGUGUCCCAUGGACACAUUCCCCAUUAAUUUUUAAUUUAUUGUUGUGUAUAUAAAUCAGGCAGAUGUUUUUAUUUGUUUGGAUUUUAUAUUUUGUCAUGUCAAGGCAUUUAUAUCUUGCUAUAUGGUUUGGGUUUUGCUCAUUGUUGAAGGCUGUACUGUGACACAUAGUUGCUUACAUCUACAGCAUUUGGUCUCUUGUGGAUAGUUGUCUCAUUGGCAUUCAUACCACAUCAUCUUAUUUUUAUAUGCAUAACAAAAUUUCAAAUUUAGGAAGAGAGAUUGCAAUAAUGUAAGGUCUAUUGAUAACCAGAAAUACAAAUGUAUAUAAAAUAAUAAAUGAUAUUAUUCAAACCAUUUUAUAUGGAAAGGAUUUAUAUAGGCUUUAUCCAAUCCCUCAUUUAAACUUAAAUAUAUGUAUAAAAACUCACCAAAGAUACCAGGCUUGUACUUUUGCGAACCAGACACAUGUUUCUUUUACUUAAGACUCAUCAGUGACACUUAAAUAAAAAGUUUGAAGACCAAAUUAAAUUCAGAAAUUAUUUUUAUU